AAGCUUAAACAUGGGCUGUAUUAACUCUUCAAAUGAACAGAUGCCUUACUGCCCUGGCAGUGACACAAAGGAAAACCAAGUGUCUCCUGUACAGCAAGUUAAGGUUGCGGAGGACAUGCACCAGUGCAGGAGGCGUGACUCUUCUACCUCAGGCCAGGUGACAAUGGCAGCUCCAGCUGUUAGCACCGAGGCCACCACCCCCACCAAGAGGAUGAAGGCUGCUUCCCCUAUCAAGGUUGCACAACCUUCCCCCACCAAGGGGAUGACAUUUGCCCCUUUCAUGGAAGUGAAGCCUGCCACCUCCACCAUGGUGAGGCCUGCCACCCCUACCAUGGUGGUCGAGUCCACCAUCACCCCGGUGAAGCCUGCCACCUCCACCAUGGUGAGGCCUGCCACCCCUACCAAGGUGGUCCAGUCCACACCCAACCCGGUGAAGCCUGCCACCCCCACCAUGGUGGUCCAGUCCACCCCCACCAUGGUGGUCCAGUCCACACCCAACCCGGUGAAGCCUGCCACCCCCACCAUGGUGGUCCAGUCCACACCCUCCCCGGUGAAGCCUGCCACCCCCACCAAGGUGGUCCAGUCCACACCCUCCCCGGUGAAGCCUGCCACCCCCACCAAGGUGGUCCAGUCCACACCCACCUCGGUGAAGCCUGCCACCCCCACCAUGGUGAGGCCUGUCACCCCCACCAUGGUGAAGCCUGCCACACCCACCAUGGUGGUCCAGUCUACCAUCACCCCGGUGAAGCCUGCCACCCCCAUCAUGGUGGAGCCUGCCACACCCACCAAGGUGGUCCAGUCCACCCCCAACCCGGUGAAGCCUGCCACACCCACCAAGGUGGUCCAGUCCACCCCCAACCCGGUGAAGCCUGCCACCCCCACCAAGGUGGUCCAGUCCACACCCACCUCGGUGAAGCCUGCCACCCCCACCAUGGUGAGGCCUGUCACCCCCACCAUGGUGAAGCCUGCCACACCCACCAUGGUGGUCCAGUCUACCAUCACCCCGGUGAAGCCUGCCACCCCCAUCAUGGUGGAGCCUGCCACACCCACCAAGGUGGUCCAGUCCACCCCCAACCCGGUGAAGCCUGCCACCCCCACCAUGGUGAGGCCUGUCACCCCCACCAUGGUGAAGCCUGCCACCCCCACCAUGGUGGUCCAGUCCACCCCCAACCCGGUGAAGCCUGCCACCCCCACCAAGGUGGUCCAGUCCACACCCAACCCGGUGAAGCCUGCCACCCCCACCAUGGUGGUCCAGUCCACACCCAACCCGGUGAAGCCUGCCACCCCCACCAUGGUGAGGCCUGUCACCCCCACCAUGGUGAAGCCUGCCACCCCCACCAUGGUGGUCCAGUCCACCCCCAACCCGGUGAAGCCUGCCACCCCCACCAAGGUGGUCCAGUCCACACCCAACCCGGUGAAGCCUGCCACCCCCACCAUGGUGGUCCAGUCCACACCCAACCCGGUGAAGCCUGCCACCCCCACCAAGGUGGUCCAGUCCACACCCUCCCCGGUGAAGCCUGCCACCCCCACCAUGGUGAGGCCUGCCACCCCCACCAUGGUGAAGCCUGCCACCCCCACCAAGGUGGUCCAGUCCACCCCCACCCCGGUGAGGCCUGCCACCCCCACCAUGGUGGUCCAGUCCACCCUCACCAUGGUGAAGCCAGCCACUCCCACCAAGGUGAUGUACUCUACCGCCGAAAAGGUGGUGAAGUCUGCCUCUACCCCUGUGGUGAAUCCCACCCCUCAUCACCCAAAUCUGGUGGAGGGGAAGGAUACCACUCCUGUCAAGGUGAAGCCAAACACCAUUCCAUCAUCUGUGGCAGCCUCUCACCUGCUGAAGGAGGACUGGGACUCCCGGUCCAUGGAGACCGUGGCCCUGGACCUUUUGGCUAUGAUGGUCCCUCAGCUGGACUGGGCCAGCAUCCAUGUUCCGGAGGACCCGUCCGACACGCCCAGACUCCCAGUUCAAACCAUGCAGCUGCUCACCAGUGAACAACUGCAGUGCCUGGGGUUGCCAAAUCUGAGUAAAAGCUGCUACCUGAACGCUACAAUUCAGUGUAUGCUGAGGAUGGGGGGCUUCUGCCAGCAGCUCUUCCAACAGCAGCACAUCUGGAGGAACAAUCCAGCCGCCGGCCUGCUCAAGUGCUUUGUUGAUGUCCAGGCGGCCAGAUUUGGCGAGCGACCGGCGUACAAACGCGGCGUCCUUAAGGCUCUGCUUGACUGCGUGGCUGACGAGGCAGUCGAGUUCCGGGAUGGCGGCCAGAAGGACGCCCAUGAGUUCUUCUGCGUCACCGUGGCCCAGAUGGCAGCUCUGGCCCCCCUCCUGGACGGAGGGGCAUUGGGUGGAGGGGCGUACACCUGCCCGGUGCGCACCAACCUGCUCUUCCAGAUGCUCAGCACGAGGACUUGCAGACAGUGUGGACUGCAGUCCUCCAGACAGCAGGAAUUCUCCAACUUGUCUCUGGCCCUGACGGCUGGGAGCUCCGUCGAGGCCUGCCUGCUGCAGUACCUCCAGGAGACCGAACUGGAGUUUCGCUGCAGCUGUGGAGGAUGCAGCUCAAGACUGCGGUGGUCGUUCCUGACCCUGCCCCGAGUGAUGGUGUUCCACUUGAACCGAUUCUGUCACGGUGCACAGUGGCAGCUCGAGAAGUUGGAGGCGCCCAUUCUUCUCAGCAGGGAGCUGCUGCUCUGCUCUGGACCGAGCAGCGACGAGGCACUCCCCAGCAGGGCCGGCCAGGACCAGGGCCAGGCUCCUGGGGGCCAGGGAGACACCCAGGGCCAGGCUUCUGGGGGCCAGGGCCACACCCAGGAGCAGGGCCAGGCUCCUGGGGGCCAGGGACACACCCGGAAGCAGGGCCAGGCUCCUGGGGGCCAGGGACACACCCGGAAGCAGGGCCAGGCUCCUGGGGGCCAGGGACACACCCGGAAGCAGGGCCAGGCUCCUGGGGGCCAGGGACACACCCGGAAGCAGGGCCAGGCUCCUGGGGGCCAGGGCCACACCCAGGAGCAGGGCCAGGCUCCUGGGGGCCAGGGACACACCCGGAAGCAGGGCCAGGCUCCUGGGGGCCAGGGCCACACCCAAGCCGGGACAGGGAUCACCCAGCUGACCAGCCCUCAUGCCUCAGUUCAUGUGAGCACUGAGGAGGGGUCAGAGAGACAGGGAAGCCACCCCAUGAGCUCAAGGUACAGCCUGGUCAGUGUGUUGAGUCACAUUGGUUCUUCUACCACCUCGGGCCACUACAUCAGUGACUGUCACUACGCAGACGGUGACCCCGAGGACCAGACAGACCGCUGGCUCUCCUACAACGACCACAUCGUCAUGGAGACAACCGGCGAGCUGGUCUGCGAGCGCAGGCAGAGGAGCUCCUACAUGCUGUUCUACGAGAGACGGACACACCCGACAACCGGAUUCACCCAGUGA